CCCUUGGUAUGUACGUGCAGGAUUGUGUUCGCAGUGCAUUCUGGCUCCUGUAGUCCUUUACUAACCUUCCUCCAUCGUCGUCACUUCUGAGCACCUACUCUACGACUGUAAUGUCUUCAGGCAGCACAGUGUUGCAGGCAUCUGAAAAGGAAAGUGGAGGGAACAAGAGGACGUCGUGCCCGUAUCCCGGCUGUAAGAGAGUGUACACAGACACCGGCACCCUGGACCGUCACAUCCAGGACCAUGAAAUCCCCGCUCAGUCUCUCCCUGGGAAGAUCUUGCUGUGCUCCACCGUCGGCUGCAGUGGUUCCUUCCCUAACAUGCAGAAACUGAUGGAACACAUGAGACAUCAUCACAAACCCAACAUCUUCUACUUGUGUGAGAGCUGUCGCACAAAGUUGCGAUCCUACCGUGGCCUCCUGACUCACCUGCACACCUGCUCCAAAGUACCACGGGGCAAAACAAAGCCAGCUGAACAGACCCCCCCUCAGCCUGCUACCGUGAUCAACCCAAACGUGGCCUCCAUUUCCAUGGACCAGAAACCCCAGUGGAAGGAUUCAAUGUCUACACCCCUGCAGCCGUCCUCUCAAAUCCCAAACCAAGAGGGUUCCUUCCACAUUGCUGUUCCUCAGCCAGACUCUGCUGCUCUCCUAAGUCCCCCUUUCUCAUCUCACCCAGAAACCCCCCCUUCUCAACUACUCACAGAGGCAGUUCCCCAGCCUUUGCUCAAACAUGUAGCCUGUAAUCUGCCUCUAUCUCUAAACAUGGAUGGCCCAUCAGCAGCCCCAGACCUCUCUGAUGCCCAGGGUCAGAACCAGACACAGAGCAGGUCUCCUGAGCCCGUCCACCAUGCUCCUGUAUCAACCCCGUACUCUCCUCCUGGGUCCUCAGCAAUCUGGAAGAAGAAUCAAGGUAUGGUGUGCAACAGACGCAUCCUUUGGGAGCACACUAAAGGAUGCUACACGUGUGUGCAGUGUGGUCACACAUCAUUCAACCGCAAGGACAUGACUCAACAUAUCAACGAUCAGCACAGCGGAAACAAGCAUGCAGAAGAUUCUGGAAGCUCAGCCAACACAUAAUGUAUAAACAUGAGACUACUCAUUUGUCCUCAUGAAACUUAUGAUGGAAGGGACAGGUUUAACCAAACACUGAUCAUGUUUAUGUAUAACCCAUCAUUCUGAGAGGAGAGCCUCCAGCAGUAAGGUGCUCACUGAUUGUUGGUUUUCAUUAUAAACAUUGAAUUAAUUUGUUAUAUUGCUGCCAGUCACAGAGACUUUCAUUUCACAAACUUGGAUAUACUUCCAUUAAACUUAGAGACCAUACACAAACAUAACAUGUAAAAUUAUAGUGUUCUAUUUCAAUAAAUCUUGAUAUUUUAUAUGUU